GUUUUGCGUAGCACUGUCUACCAAACACUGUGUUACUAUCUUAUCGCAUCUUCAAUGGAUCCCUACCUUUUUCUUCCUGCAUCUGAAUAUUCAUGCGACUGGAACCACUCGAUGCCAAAGUAAAGGGCAGCAAAAUAUACAACAUGAGGACUAUAAUAUGGCGAUAGCAUAUCCGGCAGCUAGUUGGCCAAUCAAUACCUACCUCAGUUAAAUUCUACUUCUUCGAAUUACGCACGAAACAACCAGCAUCAGCAUUCCACAACCAUCAUGGCGCCAACUAGCAAAUCCACCUCUACUUCCGCCUCGAAGGGCACGCUCACCGGCAACCCAGCGCCCGACUUCGCCAUGACCAUGAACCGCAUCCAAACGCAGCUCGAAGCGCGCAUGAAAGCCGCCCGCGCAUUUCUCCCUUCGCGCUCCGACCUCAACAACAACAACAAUUCCUCAUCCACCGGCUCGUUCUCCGCGCUAAGCAGCAACUCCUCCAACCCCCAGUCCCGCGACGCAGCAGCAGCAGCAGCGAUAGCAGCCAGACGCGCCGCCGAAGAAGCCGAGUUUGCCGAGGAGCGCGGCCUGGACCCGAACGCGGGCAUAGGUCUGAUUCGCAGCUCCGCCGCCAAGGACGACAACGCUAGCGGAGUAGAUCGGGAAACUGCACGGCUGCGCGGUCGAUUGCUCGGAAAGCGAGGGAGGGGCGGCGCCGAUAAGGACGGGGGCGGCCAGCAGCAGCAGCAGAGAUGGGCGCGCAAGGAAGACAGCAGCAGCAGCGACGAGGAGGCGGGGCGGAGCGGGCUCGGACGGGCCAAGAGGAGGAAUGGGAACGGGAACGGGAACGGGAAGAGGACGCGGGAGGAUAUGGAGAUGGAAACGCAGGGGGAUCUGGGUAGCGAUCGUUUGGGCCAUCAGGUAGCCACAGGUACAACAACAGCUCCUGGACCCAAGGAAGCUCAAGCUCGUACAGAUGGUCCCGAAGCGCAGGUUAACCCUGACAACGACCCCGAGGGUGGUGGCACGGAAACUUUAGUUGCCGAGCACACCGAAGCCACUGAGCUGCCUCUCGGCUCCAAUCAGCCCCUUUCUUCAGAAAACCCGAAGAAGAAGCGGAAGAAGAAAAAGAAAAAGUCAAGGGAUAGAACGGGUGGGGAGCAUGUAGGGUAAUAAGAUUAACAUCGUCCGAGUGGCUGUCCCUCGAAAUGACGAGAUCUGCCAUUGGGAACUCCUAAUAGGUAUAAGCUACCUAUUCAUUUAAUUUUGGAUUGACUUCAUAAGA